UUUUAAUAAAAUUCUUGACGAUCAGGAAAAUUGAGAUUGUUUUAUGAUCUGUGAGAGAAUGUUGUUUCUGGUCAUAUCUUUGAAUUCAGUAAGGCGCCAAGUAAGUAAGUUUUUAAAAUAAGUAAAACAAGAUCAAUUCAAGGACCCAGCCUGUGCCACGAAAGUUUUACAUAGUCGGCAGUAUCGCCCUUCCAUUCCUGUAUGCGUUUUUUUAAGAUGUAAAUAUUCAAUGACUGUUUGGCGUCAUUUGAGGGUCCAUGCCACUGUUUACAUCCCAAGAAAGCAAUACUCUCUAUCCCAAACAGAACUGUCCGGGCCUUAGGCAUUUGUAACAGACAUUCGUUGUUUCUUAGGUGAUAGGGGGAUUCUUCUAAAUGAAGAUCUCAGUCACAUAAAGGUUGGGGAUAUAUUCGAUUUAGUUUUGUGAAUCUCGGUCAUCAGCAACUGUAGAUUCCGUUUAUGAAUAGAUACAGAAUUAUCUCUGGUCAAAAGUACAUCAAAGUCAGAAACACUAUCCUUGUAUGCAAUACUCAGUGCCUUUUUUAGCAGAUUUUUUAGCAAAAUUUGAUGACAUGCUUUCGACAGGUUUGCUCGAAAGUAAAGAAACGAUCCUUCUUGGGGACCUAAAUGCUGACUUUUUAAGAAAAGCAAAAGACAAAGAAGUAAAAAGAAUAAUUAGAGAAAACGGAUUUGGACAGAUUAUCAAGGAACCUACUCGUGUUACCAAGGAUACAAAAACACUAAUAGAUAUAAAAGCAACAUCCCAUGAACAAAAUGUGUUAAAAUCUAUUGUUUACGGAAACUCAGUAAGCGAUCACGAUCUUAUAGGUGUGAUCAUAAAGAAAAGCAACAGGAAGUUUAUUCCCAGUGUUAUUUACAAAAGAAAUUAUGCUAAAUACAUCGUAGAAAAUUUCAAAGAAGAUCUACGAAAUCAACCAUGGACAAAAGCAACGAGAGAGGACAAUGUUAACAAAGGUUGGAAAACUUUUAAAAGUUUAUUGAAAACUGUUAUCGACAAGCAUGCACCUUUAGAAAAGAAGAAGAUACGAGGGCGCGAUUGUCCCUGGCUUACAAGCGAAAUCCGUAAAACGAUAAACGAAAGGGAUUCCUUUUUGAGAAAGGCGCGAAAAACUAGAAAAGCGAACGACUGGUCCACGUAUCGUCGGCUCAGAAACUCGGUCACACGCUCGAUCAGACAUAGUAAGGCCACUUAUACUAGAUCAAUUCUGCAAGAAAACAUAGAUCGUCCAAAGCAAUUUUGGGACAAAAUAAAGCGGUGUUUUCCAACAAAGAGCUUAAAUAAAGAAAACAACAAUGUCUUUGAAGUAAACGGCAAAAAGACAUCAGAUUUGAAAGCUAUUUCGAAUGGGUUUUGCACAUUUUUUGCCAAUAUUGGCAAAGCACUACAAAAAGCUAUACCCUCGUUGAGAGAUAACAUCUGGAAGCAUCAUGACUAUGCGACUAUGAAGCAGACUAUGAAUCCAAAAAGUUGCCGCUUUCACUUCAAGCCAACAAACAGAAAUGAAGUAUGGGCGCUUCUAAGAAAGAUCAAAAGAAGGAAGGCCCCUGGCCACGAUGACAUCCCAACAUGUAUGUUUAUAGAUGGGGCAGGCAGAAUCGCCAAAGUAACCCCAAUUUAUAAGUCUGGUGAAAGAUCUUUAAUGGAUAAUUACAGACCUAUAUCAGUGCUUCCUGUCCUUUCAAAAGUCAUCUAGCGUAGUUCACCAACAACUUUAUGACUAUUUGGAAAAAAACAAACUGCUUUCUAGACGACAAUUUGGUUUCAGAAAGAGGUCGUCGACCCAGCAUGCAGUUACGCUCUUCUCAGAUUCAAUCAGAAAAAAUAUGGA